AUGGAUUCCAACACCAUCAUGGCGGUCCAAGAGACCAUUGCUGCCCGUAAUUGGCAGCAGACCGGAUGCUUUUUUGCAGGUGUCUGGCUCGUUUAUAUCGUCGCCCUCGUGGUUUGGAGACUAUGGUUCAGCCCUCUGGCCCAUAUUCCAGGUCCCAAGCUGGCGGCUUUGACUCAAUACUAUGAGUUCUACUACGACUUUGUCCUGGGGGGGCAAUACAACUAUAAGAUCAUCGAUAUGCAUGAACGAUAUGGCCCCAUCGUCCGUAUCAACCCUUGGGAAUCCGGUGCUCCUCGUACACAAGUUCCUCAUCCAAACGCUCUCGCAGCCCCCAAGACUGCGACUGAAGGCUCUCUUGCUGCCAUCGACCAUGGCCUUAACAAGUUGCGUCGAAGUGCGCUGAUCCCUCUUUACACAACUCAAACUGUGCGCGAACUGCAGCCGGUUAUCGAGGAGAGAGUGGAAGCCCUUCUGACUGCGUUCAUGAAUUAUGCCGAGGUAUCCAAUGGCCAACCUCUUGAUGUCAUGUAUCCCUACUCGGCCUUGACCAAUGACGUCAUCAACGAAUAUGCUUUUGCUCGAAGUGACCAUCUUGUCGAAAAACCCGAUUUUGGUGCCGAAGUCACCAACGACCUUCUCAUCGGCACCCACAUGGGACCAUGCGUGCAGCAACUCGAUUGGGUGCUCACUCUUGUCAACGCUUUACCCGAGUCCAUCUCGAAUCGAUGCAUGCCAGGCUGGGGUGGGUUUCUCAAGAUGAAAAACGAUAUCUUCGAGCAGAUUCACAGUGUCGAUCCUCCCCAGAGCACAGGUAAAUGGAGGAUGGUUGGAGGUCAUCCUACCAUGCUGUCUACCAGGGCCCGAUCUACACGGGAGAAGAAUGCGUCACGCCAGGCACAGGAAAGCCAAAUCAGUGUUCAAGGCGGCGCUCUUACUACCUCAUGGGCCAUGUCCCUUGCCACAUUCCAUCUCCUCAAUCGUCCUGAGACUCUUCGCAAAUUGCGGGACGAACUCUUUGCUGCCAUGCCUGACGCUUAUGAGACGGUUCCUCUCUCACGACUAGAGAAGCUCCCUUACCUUCGGGGAGUUGUCAAGGAAGCGCUGCGACUUGGUAUCGGAACUAGCAGUCGUCUUGCACGUGUUGCUCCAGACGAGGCUCUUGUAUAUCAUGAUCGUGAGAACGGUGAGGACUGGAAUCUACCACCAGGAUCCAUCGUUGGCAUGAGUCCUUACAAGACUGUCAUGGACGAGAGCAUCUUUUAUGACGCCCGAGGCUUCCAUCCUGAGCGCUGGGUGGAAGAUGGUGAGCGACUUGACAAAUACCUCGACAUCUUCUGCUCUGGUUCCCGCAUCUGCCUUGGCAUGGCUCUGGCCCACGCCGAGCUUUACCUUACACUAGCCAAACUCUUCCGCCGAUGGGGAAGCGGUGGUGUUGUGUUUGGCAGUGAUGACGGCGAUCAACGUUAUGGAGACGUUGGCUAUCUCAGCAUUUUCGAAACGCGAGUCCGAGAUUGUGAGAUUGAUGCCGACUACUUCAUGCCCAUCCCAUACAAGGGAUCCGAGGGUUUCCGAUUCUCCUUCGAAACUUACUAA